GUGCUAGUUUAAAUCUUGCUUGCAAUGUAAAGAAAUUUUUUUUCCAGAUGGAAAUUAUAAAUUUCUAUGUUUAUGAAUUUAAACAAGGGAAUUGGUCAAUUUAUAAAUUCUUACUUUUACCCAAAUUCUAAGUUUAUUUCUUUUAUCCAAACAUAGUAUUAGUUACUUAAUAUGCAAAUAAACACACACUUCACCCAUCAUCCCAUAAUAAAAACAGUUUAUUUUUGAAGAUUAUGGUUCAAAACAAAACACAUGCCGAGUGAAGGAAAAUUCCAAUAAAAUUAUGGAUGAAAAAAAAGAAAAAAAAGAAGACAAGAUUAAACAGGAAAUCAUAAUGUGAUGGUCAGGUGGGCUGGGUACUCUUCCGCUUUCUUACUGUAGAUAAUAUCGUUUGUCAAAAAAAAAAAAAAACACUAUUUAACCCACUAGAGCCAAGAAAAAUCCCACCUCAUCCAAAUUCGAUUGCCCCCACCCCAAGUUUAACUAAUGACAUAAAAAAAAAACCCCACUAGCACGUUUGUCAAAAAAUCCUUAAUUUGAAGUUGGGUGCAAUAUAGGCUCUGUAAAUUAACCCUAGAAAGGUAACAUCUGGUAAAAUUUUAGGCGGGAAAACCCUUGAAAUACACAACAUUUCACCCCCCAAAACAUUCACUGCCCACACCGCACCUCUCCCUCCUCUCCUCCCUCUCCCUCUCUCUCGCAACGUGUCUUCGUCCGUCAGGUAUGGCCGGGGGUCGCCGGAGACGGGCGGCGAACGACGUCGUCGAAGAAGAAACCCGAUCGCCGAAAAAAGACGAACAAGUCGGGGUUUUGGACGAAGACGAGGACGAAGAUCCUCUGAAAGCCACGGUCGCGAGGCUACGCAGACGAUGGGAACUGGCCUCCGUCCUCAACUUCUUGAUCGUUUUUGAGCCAGUGAUUGGGAAGGCUGCUAGAUUAUCAGCUGAAGAAAUCGAGAUGGGUUUGAUGAACCCGAACUCACUUGCUCAGCUUCACAUUGCUAUGUUGAAGGGGAUACCACCUGUAAGUAAAACAUUGGAUGGCUUGGAAGAUGCGUGGGUGACUGUGCUUUGUAAGAAACUUGCUCCUUGGUGGCCAUGGGUUGCUGAAGGGGAAAUUCCGCUACUGGCAGCUAAAGGAGAGGAGAUAUCACACUACAAGGAACUUGAUCCAACAAAACGUUUACUACUCUUAAAAGCACUCUGUGAACUCCGAGCUAAACAAGAUGAUGUAUUGGCUUAUAUUAAUGUUAAUCUGAAACAAGGAACUGAGGUUUCUUUCUUCCGCAAAGAUAAGAUAGGAGGAGAUCGAAACGGAACUACCUAUUGGUAUGAAGGAAAUGCAACUGUUGGCCAUAGGUUAUACAAGGAUGUAAUUGUCCUUGAGCCGAAGGCAAAAGCUAGGGGAAAAGGAAACCUGCCAAGUAUUAGUUUUCAGUGGGAGACACUGGCAACCAAUCUCGAGGAAUUUCAUAAAGUUCUUGAUGAAUUCUCAUCAAGCAAAGUUGCCACCAAAGUUGCUAUUGCUAAGACUAUUGAAUCCGAUGUUAUUCCUGCUCUUGAGAAACUUCAGCAGAAGAAAGAAAAGGAACUAAGAAAGAAACAAAGGCUAGAAAAGCAACUGAAUGAUUCGAGAAAUUCUUAUGCUGCUGGAACCAUUCGUACCACUCGCACCCGUAGAGCUGUCAGCUACACAUUUGAUGAGUAUGAUCGGGCCAUUCAUGAUGCUAUAAAAGCAAAUAAGAAGAAAACUAGUGAAGAGAAAAUGCAAGAAAACAAGCGUAGAAGAAAUGGUGCCUCAGAGGGAAACUCAGAAGAUGGUUCGGACAAAAAAGAUGAUUAUAUGAAUGGUGACAACAAUGAUUCUGGCAAGAAGGAUGAAACUGCAGGUAGUGACACUGCAAGCGACAUGCUUGAAGAAUUUUCUACUGAUGACGAUGAUAAAAAUUGGGGUGAUCGUAGUGGCAUGAAGGAUGAAGACAACAGUGACCAGAGUGACUCGGGAAAUUCUGAGAUGGACAAGACCUGUGCUCAGACUGAUGGUAUCGCACAAAAACCUGUGGGCGUGCGCUGGAGUUCAAGACUAGCAGGAGACAGUAGCCAUCUGGUCAUGGACAACAGAAACUUGGUUACAAAGAAUAGGUCCAGACAGAGACCUAUCUGUAACUCUGCCCUUGAUUCUGUUGUAAUACCAGACUCCGACGAUGAAAACUCGGAACACCAAUAUAGUGAAAGAGCAGUGCAUGAAGAAUCACCGGUUACUGUUCCGGAAGAGGUCAGUGAAAGCUAAAAGUACUCUGAAGCAAAACAUAAUAUGCAAAUCAGUACACAGUUUAAGGUGAUUUUCCUCAAUUUUGGUAUUAGGGAGGAAAUCUUUUUGGGAAUAUUUUGUUUGUAAAUGCAGUAGGAUGAUGUAGUUUCUGCUAAUUCCUUUGUUCAGAUUUAUCGCAAAAUCUGUUCGAAUGCGAUUUAAGUCAUCCUUGUCAAUCAACUUAAUUUAUGCCAGAUGAUCAUGAUUAUAUCAAGAGAUGUGAUGCUAUUUUCUA